UCGCACAUUUCCUACCUGUAUCGAUGACCAUGUCAAUGGACAAGUUAGUCGAGAUUUAUACCCGUGGGAUCGUUCGACUCCACAGAGUGCCCGCUCACAUUGUGUCAGAUCGAGAUUCCAGAUUCACCGGCAGAUUCUGGAAGAGUUUACACGAAGCGAUGGGCACGCAGUUACAGUUCAGUUCGGCUUACCAUCCGGAGACAG